AUGGCUCAAGCAGCAGCAUCUAAUUUACGACGACGUAUUCUUGGUUCAAGACAAGAUUCUCCAUCAACAGUAGCAAUUCAAUCAUCAACAACUGAUAUUCCAUCAACACUUAAUAUAUCAAUUAAUCCAAUAUUAUCAAAUUUUCAACAUCGUACUAUAAAUCGUAUUGAUCGACGUUCCAUUGAAAAAGUUUGGAAACAAAUGGAUCGUAUUGUUAAAUAUUGUCAAAUGCCAAAAAUGAAUUUAAAAAAUUCUCCACCUUAUAUGCUUGAUAUUUUACCUGAUUUAUAUCAAACAUUACGUGAAAUAAUUAAUAAUUAUGAUGAUCGUUUACAUAUAUUAAAUGAUAUUGAAUAUUUUCGUAUAUUUAUUGAUAAUCUUAUUGAACAAUGUACAAAAACAAUUGAUUGUUUUAAACGUGCUGGUCAUCAUAUGUAUGAUGAACAAUCAACAUAUAGAAAAUAUUUAAUAAAACUUUCAUUAUAUUUUUCACAUAAUUUAGCUGAAUUAAAAUCUUUAUUUAAUAGAGGAAUAUAUGAAGGUGAAAAAUUUCGUUUAACUAAACAAGAAGCAAAUGAUUUUUGGAAAUCUAAUUUUAAUGAACGUACAAUUGUACCUUGGGAAGAAUUUAAAGAAAAAUUAAAUUAUAUUCAUCCAAUUCAAACUAUUAAUGAAGCAACAGCAUUACAAAAUACAAUUGAUUUAACAAAUAAUAAUCAUGUAUCGAUAUUUGAAUUUGAUGUUUUUACAAGAUUAUUUCAUCCAUGGUCUUCUCUAUUAACAAAUUGGAAAUUAUUAGCUGUUACACAUCCAGGUUUUAUGGCAUUUAUGACCUAUGAUGAAGUGAAAGCAAUUCUAACAAAUUAUAUUGAUAAACCAGGUAGUUAUGUUUUUCGAUUAAGUUGUACACGUCUUGGUCAAUGGGCUAUUGGAUAUGUAACAACUCAAAAUACUAUACUUCAAACUAUACCACAAACAAAACCAUUAAUACAAUCAUUAAUUGAUGGUGAACGAGAAGGAUAUUAUAAAUAUCCUAAUGGAAAAAAUAUUCAUAUUGAUCUUUCAUCAGCAUUACGACCAACAGAAUCUGAUCGUAUAUAUAUAUCUGAAGAACAAUAUGCUAUAUAUUGUGAUAUGGGUACUUGUUUUGAAUUAUGUAAAAUAUGUUCAGUUAAUAAUAAAGAUUGUAAAAUUCAACCAUGUGGACAUUUACUUUGUCAAAGUUGUUUAAUCGCUUGGCAGAAUCAAAAUAGUGCUAAACCACCACCAUUAUGUCCAUUUUGUCGUGGUGAAAUUAAAGGUUUUGAAUCAGUUGUUAUAAGUCCAUUUGAUAGUGCCUUAGUAAUAAAUAGAAAAGAAUCAAGUCCAAGUGGAUCGAAUGAAUUUGAUGAUCAAACAUUAGAUGCUAAUCCAAAUGUUCAAAAUUUACAAUCACUUGCUAUCGCUCGUCCAUUAAAUAAUGAAAAUUCUCAUCAAAAUAAUAAUGCUAAUAAUUCUUCUGAUAUUAUGUCUUCCGCACCUCCACCUAUUCCACCUCGACCUGUAACUAUUAAAAUGAAUGGAAAUCGUGCAUCGACUGAUACAAUAUCGAGAAAUAAUUUUCAACAAUUUAUUCAUCAAACUAUACCUCCUCCAUUACCACCUCCUUUACAUAAUAAUGAUGUUUUAUUAGUACCUCAAAGAGUUCCUACAAAAAAUCAACAACCACUUUCAUCAGCAUCAUCAAGCGAAAGUCUUAAUGAUUCACUUGCUCUACGUCCAACUGCAUCAAUAGAUUUAACACCAACACGUCCUGUCAUGUCAUAUAAUAGUAUUAAUAAUCAAACAAGAUCAUUAAAUCAAAUAGCUAGUCCUGUUUUGGAUUUGAUAACAAAUAAUACUGAUCAAUUUCGUACAAUUGAUGAUAUUCGUUUACGUUUAAUUGAUGAACAUCAUAUUGAACAAACACGUAUUGAAGCAGCUUUAACAUUAACACAAGGUUUAUCUUUAAUAAAGCAAUAUGAAUUAGCAAAAUCAUUUCUUAAUCAAAUUCAACAAGAGCAAGCAUUGAAUUAUAAUAAUAAUAAUACAUUUAUAAAUGGAUCAUUUAUAAACGAACUUGAAUAG